AGGCCCGUCUCCAUGGCAGCCGCGCGGGCCGCAGCGCAGCGCCGAGCGCGGCCCGGGCGCCAUCGAGCCUCGGCGGACGUGCAGAUGGGGAAUGAAGCACAGAGAACUUAAGUAACUUGCCCAAGGUCACACAGCUAAGAAUCUCGAUGCUGGCCUGAAGCAGAGACGAAGCCACGGGGGCCUCGGGUACCGGGGCGAUGGCGCUGCAUCUCUGGGCCCUGGCCCUCCUGGGCCUGGCGAGCAUGGGCGUGGGCCUGCGUCCCCACAAGCUGGACUUCUUCCACAGUGAGACGGAGCUGAACCACCUGGUUGUGGAUGAGGCCUCGGGUGUGGUGUACGUGGGGGCGGUGAAUGUGCUCUAUCAGCUGAGCGCCGACCUGCAGCUGGAGCAGCAGGUGGCCACGGGCCCGGCCCUGGACAACAAGAAGUGCACGCCGCCCAUCGAGCCGAGCCAGUGCCAUGAGGCCGUGCUGACCAACAACGUCAACCAGCUGCUGCUGCUCGACCCCCCGAGGAAGCGCCUGGUCGAGUGCGGCAGCCUCUUCAAGGGCAUCUGCGCCCUGCGUGCCCUCAGCAACAUCUCCAUGCGCCUCUUCUAUGAGGACAGCAGUGGCGAGAAAUCCUUCGUGGCCAGCAAUGACGAGAGCGUGGCCACGGUGGGGCUGGUGAGCGCCACGAGCCCUGGCGGCGAGCGUGUGCUGUUCGUGGGCAAAGGCAACGGGCCACACGACAACGGCAUCAUCGUGAGCACCCGCCUGCUGGACCGGGCCGAGGGCAAGGAGGCCUUCGAGGCCUACACAGACCACGCCACCUACAGGGCUGGCUACCUGUCCACCAACACGCAGCAGUUCGUGGCUGCCUUUGAGGAUGGCCUCUAUGUCUUCUUUGUCUUCAACCAGCAGGACAAGCACCCGGCCCGGAACCGCACGCUGCUGGCGCGCAUGUGCAAGCACGACCCCUACUACUACUCCUACCUGGAGAUGGACCUGCAGUGCCGGGACCCCAGUGACGCCCAGGCCCCCACCUUUGGCACCUGCCUGGCAGCCUCCGUGGCCACGCCAGGUGCUGGCAGGGUGCUCUAUGCCGUCUUCAGCAGGGACGGCCGGAGCGGCGGGGGGCCUGGGGCGGGCCUCUGCCUGUUCCCACUGGAUGAGGUCCAUGCCAAGAUGGAAGACACCCGCAACACGUGCUACACGGGCACCCGGGAGCCAGGCCACGACGUCUUCUACAAGCCCUUCCACGGCGAGAUCCAGUGUGGCGGCCAAGCGCCGGGUGCCAGUGAGAACUUCCUGUGUGGCUCGGAGCACCUGCCCUACCCUCUGGGCAGCCGUGACGGGCUCACAGCCACGGCUGUGCUGCAGCGUGGAGGCCUGAAUUUCACAGCUGUGACGGUGACUGCCGAGAAUGGCCACAUUGUUGCUUUCCUGGGCACCUCCGACGGCCGCAUCCUCAAGGUGUACCUGGGCCCGGACGGCACCUCUGCAGAGUAUGGCUCUGUCCCUGUGGAGAUCAACAAGAGGAUCAAACGGGACCUGGCGCUGUCUGGAGACCUGGCCAGCCUGUAUGCCAUGACCCAGGACAAGGUGUUCCGGUUCCCGGUGCAGGAGUGUCUGAGCUACACAACCUGUGCACAGUGCCGUGACUCCCAGGACCCGUACUGUGGCUGGUGCGUCGUCGAGGGACGAUGCACCAGGUGGUCUGAGUGCCCAUGGGCCGAGAACACCAGCAACUGGUUGUGGAGCCGGAACAAAUCCUGCGUGGCCAUCACGGAUGCCCAGCCACAGAACAUGAGCCGCAGGGCCCAGGGGGAGGUGCAGCUGACCGUCAGCCCCCUCCCCGCCCUGAGUGAGGGGGACAAGCUGCUGUGCCUCUUUGGCGAAUCUCCGGCGCACAAGGCCCGCAUGAAGGGGGACGCCGUCGUCUGCGACUCCCCGAGCAGCAUCCCCGGCACGCCGCUGGGCCAGGACCACGUGGCUGUGACCAUCCAGCUCCUCUUUGAACACAACAGCGUCUUCCUCACCUCCCACCAGUACCCCUUCUACGACUGCCGGAAGGCCAUGAGCCUGGUGGAGAACCUGCCGUGUAUCUCCUGCACGAGCAACCGCUGGACCUGCCAGUGGGACCCGCGCUACCACGAGUGUCGGGAGGCCUCGCCCAAUCCUGAGGAGGGCAUCAUCCGUGCCCACAUGGAGGACAGCUGCCCCCAGUUCCUGAACCCCAGCCCACUGGUUAUCCCAAUGAACCAUGAGACAGAUGUGACCUUCCAGGGCGAGAACCUGGACACAGUGAAGGGCUCCUCCCUGCACGUGGGCAGUGACCUGCUCAAGUUCAACGUGACGGUGAACGUCCGGGAGCCCGGGACCUUCUUCUUUCGGACACCAAAGCUGUCCUAUGAUGCCAAUGAGACGCUGCCCCUGCUCCUGUAUGUCAAGUCCUAUGGCAAGAAUAUUGACAGCAAGCUCCAAGUGACCCUCUACAACUGCUCCUUUGGCCGCAGCGACUGCAGCCUGUGCCUGGCCGCUGACCCCACCUACAGGUGCGUGUGGUGCCAAGGGCAGAACAGGUGUGUGUACGAGGCGCUGUGCAGCAACACCACCUCCGAAUGCCCACCGCCUGUCAUCACCAAGAUCCAGCCUGAGACGGGCCCCCUGGGCGGAGGCAUCCACAUCACCAUCUUUGGGUCAAAUUUGGGCGUCAGAGCAGAUGAUGUCAAGAGGAUCACUGUGGCUGGCCAGAACUGUGCCUUUGAGCCGGAACAGUACUCUGUGUCCACCCAGAUUGUGUGUAAGAUCGAGGCCGCAGAGGCACCCUUCACUGGGGGUGUCGAGGUGGAUGUCAACGAGAAGCUUGGUCAUUCGCCCCCCAGUGUCCAGUUCACCUACCAACAGCCCCAGCCCCUCAGUGUAGAGCCUAAGCAGGGACCACAGGCAGGCGGCACCACACUGACCAUCAAUGGCACCCACCUGGACACGGGCUCCCAGGAAGACGUGCGGGUGACCCUCAACAGCGUCCCUUGUAAAGUGACAAAGUUUGGGGCCCAGCUCCAGUGCAUCACGGGCCCCCAGGCGGCUCUGGGUGAGGUGUCCCUAGAUAUCUUCUACGGGGGCUCCCGUGUGUCCAGCCCUGGCGUUGCCUUCACCUACCGUGAGAACCCAGUGCUGCGGGCCUUUGAGCCACUGCGAAGCUUCGUCAGCGGCGGCCGGAGCAUCAACAUCACCGGUCAGGGCUUCAGCCUGAUCCAGAAGUUUGCCAUGGUGGUCAUCGCCGAGCCUCUGCAGUCCUGGCGGCGGCGGCAAGAGUCAGAACCCCUGCAGCCCAUGAGGGUUGAGGGUACCGACUACGUGUUCUACAAUGACACCAAGGUUGUCUUCUUGUCCCCGGCGGUGCCCGAGGAGCCAGAGGCCUACAACCUCACGGCGCUGAUACAGAUGGAUGGGCACUCUGCCCUGCUCAGGACCGAAGCUGGUGCCUUCGAGUAUGUGCCUGACCCCACCUUCGAGAACUUCACAGGUGGCGUCAAGAAGCAGGUCAACAAGCUCAUCCACGCGCGGGGCACCAACCUGAACAAGGCGAUGACGCUGCACGAGGCAGAGGCCUUUGUGGGCGCCGAGCGCUGCGUCAUGAAGACACUGACGGAGACCGACCUGUACUGCGAGCCCCCGGAAGUGCAGCCGCCGCCCAAGCGGCGGCAGAAGCGGGACACGGCUCACAACCUGCCUGAGUUCAUUGUCAAGUUCGGCUCCCGCGAGUGGGUGCUGGGCCGCGUGGAGUACGACACGCGUGUGAGCGACGUGCCUCUCAGCCUCAUCCUGCCGCUGGUCAUCGUGCCCAUGGUGGCCGUCAUUGCAGUGUCCGUCUACUGCUACUGGAGGAAGAGCCAGCAGGCCGAGCGCGAGUACGAGAAGAUCAAGUCCCAGCUGGAGGGCCUGGAGGAGAGCGUGCGCGACCGCUGCAAGAAGGAGUUCACAGACCUGAUGAUCGAAAUGGAAGACCAGACCAACGACGUGCACGAGGCGGGCAUCCCGGUGCUGGACUACAAGACCUACACCGACCGCGUCUUCUUCCUGCCCUCCAAGGACGGCGACAAGGACGUGAUGAUCACAGGCAAGCUGGACAUCCCCGAGUCACGACGGCCCGUCAUGGAGCAGGCCCUGUACCAGUUCUCCAACCUGCUCAACAGCAAGUCGUUCCUCAUCAAUUUCAUCCACACGCUGGAGAACCAGCGAGAGUUCUCGGCUCGCGCCAAGGUCUACUUUGCGUCGCUGCUGACUGUGGCGCUGCACGGCAAGCUUGAGUACUACACAGACAUCAUGCGCACUCUCUUCCUGGAGCUCAUGGAGCAGUACGUGGUGGCCAAGAACCCCAAGCUGAUGCUGCGCAGGUCUGAGACCGUGGUGGAGAGGAUGCUGUCCAAUUGGAUGUCUAUCUGCCUGUACCAGUACCUCAAGGACAGUGCUGGUGAGCCCUUGUACAAACUCUUCAAGGCCAUCAAACAUCAGGUAGAAAAAGGGCCAGUGGACGCCGUGCAGAAGAAGGCCAAGUACACUCUCAACGACACAGGACUGCUGGGGGAUGACGUUGAAUACGCGCCCCUGACUGUGAGCGUGAUUGUCCAGGAUGAAGGGGUCGACGCCAUCCCGGUCAAGGUCCUCAACUGCGACACCAUCUCCCAGGUGAAGGAGAAGAUCAUCGACCAGGUGUACCGCACGCAGUCCUGCUCCUGCUGGCCCAAGCCUGACAGUGUGGUCCUUGAGUGGCGUCCUGGGUCCACAGCCCAGAUUCUGUCUGACCUGGACCUGACCUCUCAGCGGGAAGGCCGGUGGAAGCGCAUCAACACGCUGAUGCACUACAACGUCCGGGAUGGAGCCACCCUCAUCCUGUCCAAGGUGGGGGUCUCCCAGCAGCCUGAGGACAGCCAGCAGGACCUGCCUGGGGAGCGCCAUGCCCUCCUGGAGGAAGAAAACCGUGUAUGGCACCUGGUGCGGCCGGCAGAUGAGGUGGACGAGGGAAAGUCCAAGCGGGGCAGCAUGAAGGAGAAGGAGCGGACCAAGGCCAUCACCGAGAUCUACCUGACGCGGCUGCUCUCGGUCAAGGGCACAUUGCAGCAGUUUGUGGACAACUUCUUCCAGAGCGUGCUGGCGCCUGGGCACGCGGUGCCACCGGCCGUCAAGUACUUCUUUGACUUCCUGGACGAGCAGGCAGAGAAGCACGACAUCAGGGACGAGGACACCAUCCACAUCUGGAAGACGAACAGUUUACCGCUCCGGUUCUGGGUGAACAUUCUCAAGAACCCCCAUUUCAUCUUUGAUGUGCACGUCCACGAGGUGGUGGAUGCCUCCCUGUCGGUCAUCGCGCAGACCUUCAUGGACGCCUGCACACGCACGGAGCACAAACUGAGCCGCGACUCACCCAGCAACAAACUGCUGUACGCCAAGGAGAUCUCCACCUACAAGAAGAUGGUGGAGGAUUACUACAAGGGGAUCCGGCAGAUGGUGCAGGUCAGCGACCAGGACAUGAACACACACCUGGCUGAGAUUUCCCGGUCACACACGGAUUCCCUGAACACCCUCGUGGCACUGCACCAGCUUUACCAGUACACACAGAAGUACUACGAUGAGAUCAUCAACGCAUUGGAGGAGGACCCCGCUGCCCAGAAGAUGCAGCUGGCCUUCCGCCUGCAGCAGAUCGCGGCUGCACUUGAGAACAAGGUCACCGACCUUUGACCUCCAACCUCCAGCCCUGCCUCGGGGCACAGAGGACGAGCCCCAGGCAUCAGGGGUGGGUGAGCGGUGGGGGACUCCCACCCCAGCAUUGUAGACGAUAGCGUCUUUCUCCUGAGCAAUACUGCCCGGGCCCCCACCCCAGCACCAGCUCCCUCCUGUGGAACCAGCAUCGGGUGUUCUCUGUGUCAAGUCUCGAGUGACUCGCAAACGUGCCUUAUGACGAUGCCACGCUGGGCCGCGGGGCAGCUGAACCUCAGCCCCCCAACCCCGCCCCGUACCAGCAGCUGCCUCAGAUACCCUGGGUUUGGCCUCUGGGCGGGGUCUGAGUGCCUGUGGCCCCCGGGGCAAGCUCCUGGACUGUGUCUGUCUGUCCCUGUGGGAUGGAAGUAGAGAAAAACGGUACGAAGGCUUCCUGACCUCACUGGGCCUCCCCAGGGGCGUUGGCGCUACAAGUGGACUCAGGGGCCACAGGGUCCCACCUCAAAGGUCAUGCUAGACGUCAGACGUCAGGGCCCAGGCAGCCAGAGGGGAUCCAGCAGACGGGAUCCUGAUCACGGCCUGUCAGACAGGCUGCCUUGGAGGCCCUGCCCAGGCCUAAGGGGCUGGGAGCAGCUCCACCAAGACCACCCCACCCCUUUUUGUAAAUCUUAUUAAUUGUAAAUCAAAUACA